AUGAUUAGUGACGAUACAUCUGACGAUGAAAGUUCACAAAUAAGGGGAUUGGAAGAAGAUCAGGGCAUAUAUCAUCAUCAAGAAGUGGUUGUAUCUCCUCAAUACGAAUCUGAUGAUGACAACUUACAGGUAGAAAGAGAUCAUCGAAGAUCUCCGACUGGUAUGGUAUCUAAUAUGAAUUCAAAUUCGCGCUCCGUACAUUUUACUGGCGAUUACAGUGAUGAUGAACCUUCGAACGAGUCAGAUCGAAGGAUUAUACAAAAGCUGGAGAAUCCUCAUUCCGCUGAUGUUUCUGAUGACGAACUUAACCCUCUCAACCAUUUAGCAGGAUCACAUACUGGCGAUUAUCCACCCAAUUCUCCUCCGGCUUAUUCUAGCCCCAGAGAUGCAGAUAAAACCCGUUCAAACAUCAACUCACCCCCUCCUAGACCAUCCAUUAGCGGUAAUGGAGCUUUAAAUGAAAUGAUGGCGAAAGUGACACAACCGUUCACAGCUAUUAUUCGAGGCGGACAACCUGCUGAUCAGAGUGAUGAUGACUACGAUACUGAGUUAACUGGAGAGGAAGUACAAGUUUUGGAAAUGAUUCACGACUUUCGACCCGAACAUAUAGAAGUCCGUCCUGUGUUGAAAGCAUUUAUACCGGACUUCAUACCAGCCAUCGGAGAUAUAGAUGCUUUCAUCAAAAUUCCACGUCCUGAUGAGGUUGAAGAUAACAUCGGUCUCACACAACUGGAUGAACCUUCAGUUAAACAGAGCGAUCCCACCAUUCUGGGUAUGCAAAUGAGGAACGCCACCAAAGAGGUUACAACUCAAGAUGAUAUGCCUGCUAAACAAUUAGAAAGAGCAGAUAAAAACACAGAAGAAAUUGACAAAUGGAUUUCAAACAUUAAGGAACUGCAUAAAAUGAGACCUGCUCAAACUGUACAUUAUAAGGGUCCAAUGCCCGACAUCGAAAGGCUAAUGCAAGAAUGGAAUCCCGUAAUCGAGCAAUCAUUGAAUAAUAUGAAGCUUCCCACUGCGGAAUUGGCCGUUGAUCUGAAAGAGUUUAUUGAUAUUUGUCUCAAUAUCGUCGAUAUACCUCUUUCUCGAUUCAUAACUAACUGUACAGCUACCUUUUCCAGUAUUACUUCUACUUCGAUAUCAGUGACACCCGGACCAUUCAUGGAUUUGAGCUAUUCGUUUCUCACGUUCUCAGCGAUUUUUGUUUUAUCUGGAACUGUACCUAUACAUCAUCGGAAGCGAAGCUUUUCUUCUGAAAACACUGACAGUCGUUCCCCAUCUUGUGAAGUUCUGUGCCAAGCACAGUGGAAAUCCGAUUUUCAGGUCACUUUCCAAAAGAUAUUUGAUCACUCCUACUUUGAAAGUCCUUUGGAUCCGACAGUUCUCAGUUCGAAGAAAAGCCUCAACGAAUUUUGCUCGAUUACUCAUCAAAAGUAUCGUUGUCUUAAAAACGACUGUAACAUAAAAACUUUGGAGUGGACUCCAGACAAAUUCAUAUGCGUGGAUAAACUGAAAAGGUUUCAAGAAAACAACAGAUGUUUGAGUCGCACCUCUGCCGUAAUCAGAAAAGAUUGCAAUCAUGUUUGUGCUAAUGUGGAGACAGGUUUAUCCAAGAAAGAAAAAGAUUACGUAAAAGCUAAGAAGCUCACUAAGGCCAUGCUCGCUCAUCAUGAGAGCCAAAAUAGAUUUUGCCAGGUUAUUUCCUGCCACCAAAUUUGUCAUGAAAGAGUUAUUGGACAUUUAUGUGAAGACAGAGACAAGAAAUCCGCUCAACAACUUGUUACUGAAUAUUACGAAGCAAUCUUUUCGAGAGACUGGGCAGGUCGCGAGGACACUCGUACAGAAAAUCUCUAUAGCAGUUUCUGCCGUAGAUUGACGAAAGGCUUGAAUGAGAAUGAGUUCAUUUCGAACAUGUCGGAUUACAACACCAAAAUCUUAGACAAAAUUGGAUCAGAAGUGACGAGAAUGCUGAAGGAUAUCAAACUGUGA